UUGUGAUCUUAUCCAAAACCGUAUAUAGAAACCCUCUCCUUUUCUUCUUCUUCGUCGUCGUCGUCGUCGUCGUCGUAGUGUCACCACAGAGGAAACCUAGGGUUUCGAUCGAAGGAAGAGGAAGAGGCGAAAUGCUCGGAUCGAUCGUGCUCCGAUCCCCAACUCCAUCGUCGCACUACUCCGCCGCCGCCGGAGGUGUUGACGUGUCGCGACGUAAGUGGUCGAGCGUGGUUUGCGGGGCCCAGGGGAGGAGCGGUGGCUCCAUCCCCAAGCUCGAGCCCUUCAGUAGAAGCCGCAUCGAUCGCGGGAUUAGGGAUCCCCCUUUCUUACAAAAAACCGAGAACGAUCUCACAGAUUACUGCUCGACACUCGAGGGCGACGAAUCCUAUAACUGCUGGAGGGCCUAUUUUGCACUUAAAGAUCUCCAAAAAGAACUGCCUAGAGAGGACGUUGAGAAAUUCAUCAGACAAGCUGGCGGGAUAAAGUCUCUAAUCGAUUGUCUUCAUGGAAUCACCGCAAUGCAAAAGAAGAAAGAGAAAGAAGCGCAAAAACCAGCUUUGUCGACUUCAGAGGCACAAAGGGAAAGACCUUUUCCGAUACCCGACGGGCUACCGAAAACCAAAGACGAGCUCGAAGAAGAAGAGAAGGCUCGCAUGCCCGACUCUCCGUUCACCAGGCUACUGAGAAGCAAAGGGCGCCAUCCUGCGUGGUAUACGCCGGCGCCUGAUCAUGAAACAUAUUAAGUUGUUUCAUAAGAGCUUAAUGUGUGAAAUUUUUGUACAUAAAUUGCGUGUGCGCUGUAGGUUCCUCGCAACGUGGUUUUCUUUCUAGAACAGUAUCGGUAGCAGCUAUAAGUGCGAGUAUUUCUGAAAGUUGAAUUAUGCUGUAAAAUGUGUGUUGUUGUAUAAUGUACUGUUCAAAGUUGUCUCUUACUUUUUUUAAUUGUCUUUUUCUUUGACGUUGUUAAUUGUAUAUAAAACUAUCUCCGAAGAAAGUGGUUAGAGGAAAGUAUCUGCCAAAUUUCGCAGAUUUAUGA